AUGUCAAAACGUUCUGGCUUAGGUGUGAUAACAAAUGAAGAGUUAUCCAAGCCUUUGAAGUUAUCGAAACCAUCUUUGGAUAGUGAUGAGGAGGACUACGAUGAUAAAGAUUGUUUCCGGUUGCAUGAAGCAGAUAUAGACGGUCAGGAAGCUUCAACUUUAGAAUAUGAUGACGAAGUUAAAAUAACUCCGUUCAACAUGAAAGAGGAACUUGAAGAAGACGGACAUUUUGAUUCCACUGGAAACUUUAUUUUCAAAAAGCAGGUUGAUGCUCGUGAUAAUUGGUUAGAAGACAUUAACUGGCUAGAAGUUAAGAAAAACCAAGAUAAAAAUGUUCUAAAGGAUACAUCAAUAAGCGAUGAACCAGAUGGAAAGGUCCUAAGUAAAGAGGAAAAACUUGCCAUGUACCAGGAACUCUUGUCUUAUUUGAAACCUUCUGAGACAGUUUUACGCAGUAUCAAACGUAUGGGCGCUUGCUCAGACUCUAAGAAAUCAGCAUCGGCCAGCCAACGCUGGUUACAGAAAAGAAAACCUAAGACUGAAACUCAACAUGGUAAUCCAGAAGGAUUGAUCCGUGUUACUGAGUUAGCUGAUCAACUCGUUCAGGCGGGUGAUUUCGAUGUCUACCAGAAAACAUAUGAAGAGAUCAAUAAAUUAAUCGAAUGCACGAAGCAAUUCGAAGUAGACGAUGAACUUGAUGUCCUUGGUCAAGCAUUGGAUGAAAAGCAAAGUAAUGGUGAAGAUGGAGUAAAGUCAACUGCAGAGCAUGACAAUAACAGUGAAAAUGCACCAAUCAUGUGGCAUUUAAAACGUUCAGAUAAACCAAAUACAGAAAUUGAAGGACCAUACACGUCUGAGCAACUAAAAACAUGGCUCAAAGAUGGAUCAUUCAAAGAUAGUAACAACAACAUUUUAAUACGAGAAUCAACAAAAUCUGAAGGACAAUUUUAUAACAUCACACGUAUUGACUUUGAUUUGUAUGAAUGA